AUGGGAGAGCCCUCGACCGGUGCUACAUACCUCCUGCGACCGGAUACGCGAAACUCAUCAUGGCAUACUAGGAGGCAGCGUAAUUGUGUCGCACAGAAGGCAUACCGACAACGGAAAACACUCUAUCUUAGGCAGCUGGAGCAGAAACUCGAAAGCGCAUCCAAAUCGGAGUUUGACCGCUGCAAAGAGUUGGAGGAGAGCAAUGCACUCUACCGGGACCAACUCCUCAACGCAUACAAGAAACUAGAAAGCACACGGAUUAGUCUUGAGGGCGUCCUUGACUCUGUGGCAUUCGCCCUGGGAAUGCAGACGAGGAGGAAGAGAUCACAGAAUCAAGAAGAUAUGGAUACUGACACACAAAGACCCCAUGGUCAAGAAACGGUUGUGUAUGAUCAACUUGCUCGAUCAGAACUCGAAGAGUCACAAAUUGUUGAAGCCAAGACUCCCUUGGACAUCGCCUUCGACGGUGAAGACCAGGGCCAAGCCGCGCCGCAGAACUCCUCAGUGGCCGUGUCUGAUCUCAGACCCCAUAACGCUCACGAUCCAUUUGAUGAUGUGUUCUCUUCUACUGAAGCUUUCGAGUCUCUAAGCCAGGAUCCCGUGGCAAUCAGCCUCUUCGAUGUCGAGCAACCAUCGCUUCCCCAGGUCGAGCUGCAAGAAAAGGAGACCGAACCCCACGAGAUAUCGUCUUCCAUGGAUGUAAGCGAGAUGGCACUAUUCACAAGCCAGCCAAACAUCUUUGGGCCCCGGGUGUCACUUGAUCUCCCUUUUGAUAUCACCCAGAUGGGUUACCGCAGGUUCAAAGACAUGCAAGAUAGCGGCCCGAUCCUGCGCGACGAACAUGGCAACCAGGUCCGCACGACCAAUUCGCCUUUCUCCGACCAUCUCAGUCUAGUUGAGCAUCUGCUCGGUCAAAAAUGGCAGAAGCUUGCGCCAUGUCGAGACCGUGAGCCUCGGAGUCUCCAAAACGCCGUCUCGUUCAUGAUCUCAACAUUUACAUGUCUAUCGUGGCAGACAAUGACCACUUUUCUGGCACACACCCAGGCACAUAAAUCCGUCGUCCACGUCACCUCCUGGCACCUCAACCCAGAUCCGCAAAUCUACUCCAAGAUCGAUCCAUGGUACCGAGCAACCCAGAUUCAGCUUUCGGUUCCGCAUCCCGUAGUCAUUGACUGGGUUCCGUUCCCACCGCUACGUGACCGGCUUAUCAUCUUCCACUCAUCCAACCCUCGACUCGACGAAAUCAUCUGCGAGAUUGCCGACUGCUAUGCAGCCGAGGUGGAUCUGUCGAAAUUGGUCGUCGGCGCCAAUCCCUGUCUUGCUUUUCUACGGGUCUUCGAUACUAUCACGGCCAUAUCCAAUGACGAAAGCACCAAUUCCGCCCCAAACGAACCGAACGACACGACUUUGCCCGCCCCGAGCAUCGCGGCCCUCUUCAGCAAUAAGCAUCUAGCCCUCCAGACAUUCCACCUACUCAGGAUGGAUCGGGGACAAGGACUUCUGAAACUCGAUCCCACCUUCUUUGAACGACAUCCUGAGCUCUAUGAUAAUCGUGCUGAGUUGCUUAUAGCCCGAGGCAUCGCCAUCAGACCUCCGCUGUCUGCUGGCGCACGGGCCAUGACUCCAAUCCCAAAGGCCCUGGACCCAAAGACACUGACAAAAUAUAUUGAGAUGGCGAAGUGGGCUUACGAUCUCUCUAUUUCAGAUGAUGGAAUCAAAGUCUAA